UUGUCUACUAUUAUUCUAAGCCACAAUGGUCGGAGUCGGUCCCAAACGCCCUCCCUCUCGCAAGGGUUCCAUGUCAGACGUGCCCCAAAAUCUCCUGGAGCAUAUUAAGCACUUUGAGGAGAUCUUCACUGUUGAUACUGCCACGCUUAAAAAGAUCGUUGACCAUUUCGUCAACGAGCUGACGAAGGGUCUCUCUGUUGAGGGCGGCAACAUUCCCAUGAACGUCACAUGGGUUCUUGGAUUCCCCGACGGAAAAGAAACGGGCACGUUCCUGGCCCUCGAUAUGGGCGGCACCAACCUGCGGGUUUGUGAAAUUACCCUGACCGAGGAGAAAGGUGGAUUCGAUAUCAUCCAAUCCAAAUACCGAAUGCCCGAGGAGCUCAAGACCGGCGAGGCAGAGGAGUUGUGGCAAUAUAUCGUCGACUGCGUCGAGCAGUUUAUUCAGUUCCACCACGAGAACGAGAACCUAUCUAAAUUGCCGCUGGGAUUCACGUUCUCCUACCCUGCUACUCAGGACUACAUCGACCACGGAGUUCUCCAGCGCUGGACCAAGGGUUUCGACAUUGAUGGUGUCGAAGGUAAAGACGUAGUCCCGCCUCUUGAGAAGGUCUUCAAGGAACGGGGCCUGCCCAUCAAGGUCGCUGCCUUGAUCAACGACACAACCGGAACCCUCAUUGCUUCUUCUUACACCGACCCCGCUAUGAAGAUCGGCUGCAUUUUCGGCACCGGUGUGAAUGCAGCAUACAUGGAGAAUGCUGGCUCUAUUCCAAAGCUGGCCCACAUGAAUCUGCCUCCGGACAUGCCCGUCGCCAUCAAUUGCGAAUACGGUGCCUUUGACAACGAACAUAUUGUCCUCCCGCUCACCAAGUACGACCACAUCAUCGACCGCGAUUCACCUCGUCCCGGCCAGCAAGCUUUUGAGAAGAUGACGGCUGGUCUGUAUCUGGGCGAAAUCUUCCGCUUGGCCUUGGUAGAUAUUUUGGACACACAGCCGGGUCUAAUCUUCAAGGAUCAGGAUACCUCGCAGCUGCGGAUCCCAUACCUUCUGGAUUCAUCCUUCCCCGCAGCUAUCGAAGAAGACCCUUACGAAAACCUUAUCGAGACCGCCGAACUCGUCCAAAACAUGCUCAAGAUAAAAGCAACACGCUCAGAGCUCGAACUGAUGCGCCGGCUUGCCGAGCUGAUCGGUACUCGCGCUGCUCGCCUAUCCGCCUGUGGUGUUGCCGCAAUCUGCAAGAAGAAGAACAUCGAGUCUUGCCACGUCGGGGCCGACGGCUCGGUAUUCACAAAAUACCCCCACUUCAAGGCCCGCGGUGCUCAGGCUCUGCGUGAGAUCCUCGACUGGGCCCCCAGUGAGAAGGACAAGGUCACCAUCCAUGCUGCCGAGGAUGGGUCUGGUGUGGGUGCGGCUCUCAUCGCCGCCUUGACCCUGAAGCGUGUCAAGGCUGGCAACACGGCCGGUAUUCGUGAUGCGCAGGCCAUGCUGGCUAUGUGCUAG